UUCGGGAUUUCCAAGGCCAAACAUUAAUCAAAGUAACACUUUCUGUAUCAAUCUACGUUUUCAAAAGUCCAAUAUCAAGUAUCACCCUAUUGGAUAAUAGACAUUAUAAAUUCACAUCGUAUUAGACCGGAUAAAUAACAAUAAAUGCCAAAAAAAGUUAUUACAAGGCGUCAGCGAAAAGCUGCAGAGUCCAAGCGAAAAGCCGUGGAAGAAGCCCAACAGAUUGUACCUGGACUUUUACCGAUCGACGGUCUAAUGGAUAAUACUGAUGGUAGGGGCAGAAAAGAAAACCCCAUUGACGCCAUUUCAGCUGUGUUUACUGCACCAACAACUAGCAAUGUGUUUACUGAAGAUAUGUCUAAGGCUAUUUUCCGAAGAAAAAAGAAGAAAGACACCCCUAAAAUAUCGACUUCGGCUCAAGCUAGUAACAAAUCAACCAACACGGUUCAACCGUGUGAUGCACUGCAAAAGAUUCGAGUAUCUAGUCAAAAAAAAUCAUUUCUAUCGGAGGUUAAAAAAAGGGCUUCGAACUUAGAUAAAGUUCUUACUAAAACUACUAUAUGGUAUGAACAGAAUAACAAUUCCCUUUCACAAGAAUUAAGGAAACUCAGUAAGCCGGCUGACAAUAUUAAUGUUAAAACAACACCCAACUCUGUAUUCCCGUUGAUGUCUAAAAUUUGCAAGCAAAUUAAGUCACAUUUGAAUACAGUCCUACCGAGGCGGAACGUUGAAGAGUCAAGGCCCCAACAUCCAAAGGAAAUAGGAGUCCAGCGGAGUCCAGAUUUUCUACUAAAGAUCGACGUGCCAACGAGUUUAGAGAAGGGCCAUCUGGGAUCCGGAACAGCCACCAAAAUUGGUCAAAAUAAUGAUGUUGAAUUCUUGGAAUCUUGUACCCCUGCCAUGGACCCGAGGUCGGAGUCGAAUUCGAGAUGUGAAUUCGAAACGCCACUAAAGGUUUUAGGCAGUACGGACUUCUUCGUUCUGACUGGAACCAAUGCUCAGCUGGCCCUUCAGCUGUCUGACCUUGCGGCAAGGAACGUUGUUGUUCAGUCAUAUUUGUGGCUACCUUCCGAAAUGAUGGAAAAGGUGGAGAAACAGCUAGCUGACCUCGACAAAAACCGUCUCCAUAUUCUGGAAAAGAUGCGUAAUAAACAUUCUGUUUUGGGACAACGACGGGCUGCGCGACAUUAAAACAGCAUAAUUAAAUAGAAAUAGAGCACACAAGUAAAGACAACCAUUUUUGAAACUAAAUACCUCGAGCCUAAAUAAAAAGUCCAAGGAAUGUAAGCAAGCCUAAA